AAUGACUCCCCAUAAAAACUACUCUUCAAAAACUCAACAAUAAACCCUCUUUUCUAGCCCUAUUUUCCAAUUGUUCUGGAUCACCAAAAGUAAAUCCGAGAAUUCGCGAAAGGUGCCACCGAGAAAAAGCAAAAAAAAAGUGUGUCCCCGUUUCCAAAAAAAGAAGCUGAGAAUUUUGCGAAUUCGAAUUUGUUUUUUUUUUGGAAUCUGAUUCUGAAUUGGAACUUGAGAGAACCACAAUCAACAACAAGUCAGAGACCACCAUCCAACAAAGGCUCGUUCCCAGAUACACUCAGUUUUCUGCUGCUGCUUUAGUACGACUCUUACAACACAUUUCCCAUACCUUCCAAAGGCUACAACGACCACCAGAAACCCAUCUUAUCACAGAACCUUAAGAAAAACACCCCUGGCAGAAGAUUAAUAACCGCUACAGUCAAGUCACAACAACAACAACAAAUACAAAUAAGAAAUACAUCAUGUCCUCAACAAGUGCAGCAUCUUUGUUAUUACGGCAAUUUCGUGAGCUAACUGACCCUAAAAAGGCCAUCCCUUCAUUCCAUAUUGAACUUGAGGACGAUAACAUCUUUCUGUGGAAUAUUGGUGUCAUGGUGCUAAAUGAAGAGUCAGUUUACCAUGGUGGUUACUUUAGAGCUCAAAUGAAGUUCCCAUCUGAUUAUCCUUUCGCUCCACCAACUUUUAGAUUUACACCAGCUAUUUAUCAUCCUAAUGUUUAUCGCGAUGGUAGAUUAUGCAUAUCCAUUUUGCAUCAAGGUGGUGACCCAACCUCAGAUGAACCAGAUGCUGAAACUUGGUCCCCAGCUCAAACAGUGGAAACAGUAUUGAUUUCUAUUGUUUCUUUACUAGAAGAUCCAAAUCCUUCAUCCCCUGCUAACGUUGAUGCUGCAGUGGAUUGGAGAAAAAGACCAGAUGUCUACAAGAAAAAGGUUGAAUUAGAAGUUGAAAGAUCAAAACAGGAUAUCCCACAAGGAUUUGUCAUGCCAACAUCUGCUAGUGCAUAUCUAGCUACCCACUCUGCACCAGUUGAAGAUGAAGUUGUUGAUGAAAAUUUUUGGUAUGAUUCCGAGGAGGAAGAAAGCUACGAUGACGACAGCAUAAUGGACGAUGUUGAAGGUAAUGAAGAAGAAGAUGAGGAAGAAGAUGAAGAAUUAUCAGAAGAAGAAGGCGAAAAAUGA